GCUCCCCAGCUCCAUAGUCUGUUGGUUAGCGCCGGCUCCUCCUCUCCCCGGCGUUGGUCCCGGCUCUCCCUCUUCUUCCACGUUGGUAGGCGCCGGCCACCCCCCCCGCAGCUUCCCCCCCCUGCUUCGCGUUGGUUGGCCCCGGGCUCCCCUGCUCGCUGCAGUGGUUCGGCCGCGGCGACCCCUCAGCGGCGCGUCCCCCGCCGCGGUCCCGCUCCGCUUCUCCCCGAAGCCGCGCGCCCGCGCCUGUCGGUCGGCGGACCCGCUGCCCCCCGUGAGGCCCACGGCCUCCCACCCGCCAUGGUCCGCCCGCGCCGUGCCCCGCACCGCUCCGGCGCCGGGGGCCCCCUCGGAGGUCGUGGCCGGCCACCGCGGCCCCUGGUCGUCCGCGCCGUGCGCUCACGUUCCUGGCCCGCCGGUCCUCGAGGCCCGCAGCCACCGCGGAUCCGGGCUCGUUCGGCCCCUCCCAUGGAAGGUGCUCGAGUCUUUGGGGCCCUGGGGCCUAUCGGGCCCUCUUCUCCUGGGCUGACUCUUGGGGGCCUCGCAGUGAACGAACACCGGCUCAGCAACAAACUGCUGGCCUGGAGUGGCGUGCUGGAGUGGCAGGAGAAGCGUAGACCCUUCUCGGACUCCACAGCCAAGCUGAAACGCACCCUGCCCUGCCAGGCCUAUGUGAACCGGGGCGAGAACCUGGAGACGGACCAGUGGCCCCAGAAGCUGAUCAUGCAGCUCAUCCCACAGCAGCUGCUGACCACACUGGGCCCCCUGUUCCGAAACUCUCAGCUGGCCCAGUUCCACUUCACCAACAGAGACUGUGACUCCCUCAAGGGCCUCUGUCGCAUCAUGGGCAAUGGCUUCGCAGGCUGCAUGCUCUUCCCCCACAUUUCUCCUUGCGAGGUGCGCGUGCUCAUGCUCCUGUACUCGUCUAAGAAGAAGAUCUUCAUGGGCCUCAUCCCCUACGACCAGAGUGGCUUUGUCAAUGCCAUACGGCAGGUCAUCACCACCCGCAAACAGGCCGUGGGCCCCGGGGGUGUGCACUCUGGACCUGUUCAGAUUGUCAACAACAAAUUCUUGGCGUGGAGUGGUGUCAUGGAGUGGCAGGAGCCCAGGCCUGAGCCCAACAGCCGGUCCAAGAGGUGGCUGCCGUCCCACGUCUACGUGAACCAGGGGGAGAUCCUGAGAACAGACCAGUGGCCUCGGAGGCUCUUCAUGCAGCUCAUUCCGCAGCAGUUGCUGACCACCCUUGUGCCACUGUUCCGGAAUUCACGCCUGGUACAGUUCCACUUCACUAAGGACAUGGAGACUCUGAAAAGCCUGUGCCGGAUCAUG